AUGUUUGUCACGGGCUUGUUUGGCUGCAGCCUCCCCGCUCUUGCUCCCGACCACCACCAUCUGCUUCCCAACCGCCACGCCGGAUAUUUCGAGAAUAUGAACUAUACCCCGACGGCAACGACGGCUGAGAGCAGCGCUUCUAGCUCGAGUAUACUGCCCCCUUUCUUUGCGGCGUCAAAUUCUGCGCUAUCGUCCUUCUCCGACACUCUGAGCGCUAAGGGAUCUGCGGACAUCGACGCGUCGCAGAAGGCGCCGAAGCGACGCCACGAUGAGUUAGACGAGAACUUCCAGGCGAUCGGCGAAAGCUCGCAGAGCUCAGAUCCAGCACAAGGAACGAACUCUCCACCUGCGCGUGAUACCCCACCUGGCUCGCACCAUGGGAGCCAGACGAACAUAAAUGAGGCGGAGUCCGGCUUCCCUUCUACUCUAUAUCAGGAAGAUGACUUUGGGACCGCCGAUGAACCGUCGAGGAAGCGUGUACGGACAGACGAACAGGAGCCUGACUUGUCCUCUUUCGAUGCAGAGACCCUCGCAGGGCUCCUUGCUGCAAGUGCAGAAUCAGCACUCAACAACCAACAACAAGACGCUGCAAGUAGUACGAGCAAUGGCAGCGAGCAGGCAGCAACUGCACCCGCCUCCGGGGAAGCCACUACUUCUACCCAGGCCACUCGCGGCUCGUCUGAGCAAUCUACCACAUCUGCUACCCAAUCAUCAUCAAGCUCCACCACUCCCGCCCCUCAGCCAUCUACCUCAUCCUCGAGCGUCAAUCCCUAUUCCCUCUACUACUCCGCCGCAAACCUAUACGGGAACCCCUACUACUACCUCACCGCCAUGUACUCACCCGCCAGCUAUUCACCAGCACCCCAACCAGCCGCACAGUCAUCUCCGCCACAACCUCAAGCGCAGAACCCGAAUGAUUUCCCUCGUCAGAUCAAGCCGAAGCGCACGAAGUCACACACCGUGAAGUCGAAGAGCUACAGCAUUCCUCUUGUGCCAAGGGAUCGCAAUCGGAAGCCCAUGCUACCCUUGAAUGUCGGCAUUAUGACGGUCAUCAGCCUCGGCGAGGUGUGCACUCGAGAGCACUUUCACACGGAGCGGUACAUCUUCCCUGUCGGCUACGAAGUGACACGACGAUAUCUGUCCACGAUUGACCCGCACGCCGAAGUCGUCUACCACUGUACCAUCCUCGACGGUGGCGAUGGUCCCAAGUUCCAGGUUAUACCUGCAGACUGCCCCGAUCGCCCAAUCAUCGCUGGCACCGCGACCGGCGCCUGGUCGGGUAUCGUCAAGCAGGCGAAUGCCAUCCGCAACCGACAACACUCCAACUCUGUUUCUGGACCAGACUUCUUCGGGCUCGGACAGAACACCAUCAAGCACCUCAUCCAGGAGCUGCCCAAUGCUGGCAAUCUGCGCGACUACGUAUGGCAGAACUUCGUUGAGGGAGGGCCGCUUGGUGGACGACACGCCGCCGUCAUCCCGGCCUUACCAGAGGAAUACGACUCGACAAUGCCCAUGAGCACGCUCAUUGCGCAGAAGCAUCAACAGCAGCAACAAGCACAACCUCCACAGCCUCGACAAUCCUAUUACCCACCUCACGUAGCCUCUCAGCAACCUGGAAAGCCGCGAAUAGCACAUCCUCCACCACAGCCAGCGCCUUCGCAAGGACAGACAGCAGAGCAGCCGGCCACUGGACGAGGUCAGAACCACUACCCCGCCUACACCCCCAACCCACCCUCUGGCUCCCCCUCCGCUCAAGCGAACCCCUCCCUCGCCGCCUACCAGGCCUUCCUCGCAUCCUUCCCCGGCGGCGCGCCGCCCGGCUUCUUCCAGAUGCUCCCGCCCGGUGCGUAUCCCGCAGGCAUGUCUCCAGGCUUCGUGCCGACGGGGAUGAUGAUCUCGCCAGGUUCGAUGAUCCCUCCGGGUGCGGUCAUGCCCAUGGGCACCAUGAUCCCGCCGGGGGCGAUCCCCAUCCCGAUGCCUAUGGCGGGCGCGCCGCCGCCAACUGGGAUGCUCGCGCCGCCGGGAACGGUGCCACCUGGGGCGAUUUCGGGUAUGCCGCCGCCGCCGCCAGAGGCACAGCCCCCUUCGGCGACGGUGGAGUAG